GUAAAGAUUUUAUAAAUAAUGAGAUACAAUGAACCAGAGUCAAAAUGAUUGUAAGAAGAACUAUGAUGCCACUGAUAAAAUCAAGGGACUCUGGGAAAACAGCUAUUAAUACCUUGGUGAGGAAGUUUGGACAUCUUGAAUCUGAUGUAGGACAUUCAAGCUGAAGGGCUGGGUAGGCAACUGAAAAUGCAAAAACUGGACCUCAAGUAAGAAGGCAGUGAAAUGCUGAGUGUGGAGAUCUCUCUUUAUGCUGAAUUGCUUCCUUCUCCCACCCUAAUCUUCCCUACGUUUUUUCCAACCUGCUUCACAGCCUAGAAGCCAGGUUUGGACCAUCCAGUACAUCAAGCUGAACUUUCUUGUCUUCUGGUUUUCAGUAGAGCUCAGCCAAAGGCAAGCACCGGCAACAGACUGAAGGGGUGAAGGAGAACAUAGUUGAGGUGUCUCUUUCUCCUGGCUCCUUGUUUUGAGAUCUGGCUGGGUCCCUGCUCAAUGGAAAGUCACAGCUCCUAGCCAUUAGCACAUGAGAACACGCAGGCUAUAAUGGCAUCCUCAGGCUGGGGCAUGUUCAAAUCUUUCUUCCCUCUCAAGGGGACAGAAGCGAGCCCUUCCAACGUGCAGGGCUGAUUUGAAGUAGAAUGUUUAUAACCAGACUGCCAGUGAGUCCUCAAUGAGAGGAGAGCUUAGAGGGGAGAGAUUAAGGAGUCCAUAGAGAGUCUCAUCCUACUGAUGCUCUAGUGUUUCUCAGCUUGGGUAAAGGUUUGAUAAGCUACUCGAGGAAAGUCACCUAACAGUUAUUGCGCACCCACCACGUGCCAGGCAAUGGGGAGCUUUCCCUAGCUUACCGUUUUUAACGACCAGUAGCCCUGGCCAGCGGUUUAUAGCACGCGCUGAACCCUAGAGCAGGAAGCAAAAGGUGCAGAAAUUCUGUGGGAAGGCGGCUUCCCAGGGCGGGUGUGCUGGGGACCCAAGCGGCACCGCGGGGAGGGGGCUCUACGCGCUCAACCCCGUCCCAGGCACUGUCCGCCGCCUCCACCCGCCGGCCUCCCGCAGCCUGGCCAGCGCCAUGAGGACCAAGCAGGUGAACUUGCUGAUCACCCUGGUCGCCGUCGCGUUGUUCAGCUUCUCUUGCUUCUGCAUCUACAGGAUAACUCAAACCAAUAAUCGAUUAAUUAAUUGUAGAAACCAUAUUUUGGAGUUUAAAGAAAAUAUGCUACACUUAAGAAACAAAACUGAAAAAAAUAGCCAAGAGAUGAUGAAAGUUUUGAAUCGAAUGAAGUAUGAAAUUACAAAGAAAGAAAAUUUGUCAGGAAACUUAGUUGCACAGAAAGCAGACAUAUUAAAUAAAAAUGAAACAGUAUCUAAUACAUUUGAAGACUUAAAGUUCUUUUUUCCUCAUCUAAGGAAAGAAGGUAGAAUUUAUCCUGAUGUAAUCAUUGGCAAAGGGAAAACUGGUGUUUCUUUUGCGCUAGGUAUUUCCACUGUUAACAGAGGAAAUUAUAGUUACCUGAAACAGACGCUGACCUCUGUUGUCUCCAGGAUGACGCUCUCCCAAGAGAAGGAUUCUAUAGUGAUUGUCUUGGUCGCAGAUAGUAAUGAAGAUUAUUUACAUUCUGUUGUUAAAAUGAUUACAAAAAAAUUCAAAAGGCAAGUGAGGUCUGGAUCCUUAGAGGUCAUUUCAAUACCUGCCUUUUUAUACUCAAGCAUGUUAAAUGCCAAGCACUUAGCUGAGGCCUCACAAAAAUUAGCCAGUUGGCGAAUCAAACAAGUAUUGGAUUUUUGCAUUUUGAUGCUGUAUGCCCAACCCAAGGCCAAGUAUUAUUUACAGCUAGAAGAUGAUAUCAUAGCUAAAGAGAUGUACUUUACAAAAAUAACAGAUUUUGUAGGUAAUAUCAGUUCAAAUAAUUGGUUUUUUAUUGAGUUUUCAAUGCUUGGAUUCAUAGGAAAGCUGUUUAGAUCUGAGGACUUAACUCAGUUUGUACGGUUUUUUUUAAUGUUCUACAAAGAGAAACCCGUAGACUGGCUCUUGAAUGACAUUUUUCAGGUAAAGGUGUGUGACACAGGAGAAGAUCUUGGAAACUGUAUGAAACGAAAGAAGCAAAUACGUAUUCGGUAUAAACUUUCUCUUUUCCGGCAUGUGGGUAUACAUUCAUCAUUCCCUGGAAAAGAACAAUAUGAAAAAAAAGUAUGAAGAUAAAUAAGAAGAAACUCCAUAAUACCUGGAACCUCAGAUAACCUUGAUAUCUAAUGGCAUGUUUCAGAAAUUGUAGUAAUGAAAAUACAUAAUUAUCUAGCAGAUAAGUAAACAAUGAAUAAACUAGUAGACUUGAAAGUACUAAAUGACUUCUUACGUCAAGGCAAGAUAGAACAUUGAUUUAUAUUGCUUUUACCCUAUUACAAUUUAAUUUAAAAACCCUAAAGGCAAGGAAGUUUUUUUUAAAUUAAGAACCGUACUUUAUUGACUUCGAUAGUGAGACCAUCACAUAAUCUCAAUAAACAGUUAAAAGUUCGAAAGCUUGCUAUUGUCAUGGAGAAGUUUGGGGUGAAUUGGUAUAUGCUGUUAUCCAUUUUGUUAAGACACCUAAAGAAAUAGAAAGCACAAAUUUAAACAAGCCUGGAUCUGACAGUGCCAAAAUGUCUUCUUGUCUUUUAAUAAAUGCAUUUAAAACUAUAAACUUAUCCCUAUGUGCCAUUUGAACCGAUUAUCAAACAUCUUGAUAUAUAUGUAUUCUUAUAGUCAUUUAGUUCUAAAGAUUUCAUAGUUUCUCUCAUCAUUGCCUUCUUAACACACAGAUUAUUUGGGAGUUUUUUUCCCCAAAUAUAUUUGUUUUCUCCAUCUUUUAUUGUUAAUUUCUAAAUUACUUGCAUAGUGGUUAUAGAACUUUACCUGUGUGAUAAAAUUUUGAGAAUUGUUGUGAAUCCUUGUGUUCCAUAUAACUUUGGAAAGAAUGUAUAGUUUCUGUAUACUCCCUUUUAAAUAUGUUAUAUUCAUUUGUUUUUAAAAGUGUUGGUUUUGUGCUUUAAAAAUAUCUUUUAAUAGUAUUCCUAUCUAUUGGGUGCAAGAUUCUCUUACAUCAGGCUUUUUAAUUUGGUUAUUGAAAUCUUUUCACUCCUUACUAAUUUCUAUAUGCUUGAUCCAUCAGUUUCUUACAGGGGCCUAUUAAAAUCUAUUUUUCAUCUUGAUGUUAUUCUGUAAGGUAUUACUUAUUUUGAGCAAUAAUAAGUGAUAUUUAUUUGUUAUCCUUUAAUCAAAUAUUGUGAAAUUCUUCAUUUCACACUGUUGCCUCAUUCGUGAGUGCCAAGAUCUCACACAUUCGCCUUAGUAUGAACUGUAUCAAAUACCAAUUUAUAAAGAGAAUAUGAAAGAUGAA